UUUACUAGCUUGCACGCUGCCGACUUGAAAAUUCCGAAACAACGACAACAGUUUGUUGCUUAAGUUUCGCCGUUUCGGUCGUGUCCUGGUUACUGAUUUUUGUAACAGCGGUGGCUGACAGAAAAAAAUAUCGAACUAGAAGAAGCGGAUUAAUUAAUCUAAAAUAAAAAAGUAAUUUGGAGUAGUUAUACUCAAACGGACACCCAUACAUAUUUAUAAGUUUAAUGUAUGUGAGCCGUUGUGGCGUUAAGUAAACGCGCGUAUGUGUGUGCGUCAUUCUACACGCUCAGGUGUGUUUUUAUCGAAGGUUGUCGCAGUUUUCAAAUUAUUGAACAAGCAAUGACAACAAAUUUAGUUGAACAACAACAACAUACAAUAAAUGUUAACAAAAACUACUUCUUCUUUUAUAAGAAGCGUUUGGCUGUGAAUAAUAGCUACAUAUGUAUGUAUAUACCAAAAGCAAGUGUUUCACUAAUUUAACAAAAACAAAAAAUAAUAAAACACAACAAAGUUACGAGAAAGUAUCUUAGGACAUUCCCACAGUGAAAAAUAAAAAAAAAAUUGUUAGAGAACGGUGAAUCGCAGCCAUCAUUUUACCGCUAAGCAAGUAGAUUAGUAGGAAGAAAUAAACAGCGCAAAACAAACAAAGUAUAUGUACUUAAAUCGACAAAUACAAAUAAAGCAUUUGCGGUACCGUUCAUGGAUUAGCCCCAUCGAGGGUGUUUCGUAAGCAUGCAAGCAACGGAAAUGAAUACUUGAAGAUGUGCAAACAAACGGAUCAACCGCAGAAUGAGCAACAACAAAGGCUGGCAGCUGAAAUUUAAACGGAUUACAGCUGUGUGCGAAAUCUCACGCGGAAAUAAAUGGCGUGCGCCCACAUAUUUGUCUAGCUAAAGAGUACAAGUACAAUGCUAAGAGAUUAGAUGUUCAUUGUGCAACUUUUUGAUUGAUAUUCUUACCACAACAAGAGAUUGGGGAUGAAAAACCUAAAUAAAAAGGAUUUAAUAUCUAAAUAUGCAGAAACAAGAAAAGAGACGCGAACUGCGUCUGAAGAGAUUUUGGCGUUCACCAAAAACAACAUCAUCCGAAGAUUCAACCGGCUAUGAGAGCCCCACACGUACAAAGCCCGCAAGUGACGCACAACGUUUCAACCAUUUGCACUACACGAGCUUAGCGCAGAGUGCUCCGGGUGGACCCGAAAAUGGCACGGCCUACAACAAGCCGACAUGUUCGCUGCCACUGCUGCAAGUGUGGCCCAGUCAGCCACAUUUACGACAGGAGGGCUUCGUGCAGUUGCGACGAAACAGCGGCCCUGAGGGCCAACGGGAUUCGCCACGUGGCGAGGCGGAUGGACAAUCCUUCAUCUUCCCUGUCAUUGCCGAGACAAGUACGAGUAGCAGUAGCGGCGCCGGCAGCAGCAGUACGACUGGCGAUAGUGCUGCUGCUGGCAGUUCGACCACCACUACCACCACCACCAGCGGCACCUCCGGCUUCAGCAACAACAAUCACAGCAAUAGCAAUAACUUAAGUAAUGGCAAUCAUUUAACGCUCAGCAACUCCUGCUUAGGCGAACGGCGUCGCAGCUCGCUUUACUGUGAUACUUUGCAUGCGGGCGACUCAGGCAUUGAUUCGGUGCAGGCGUCGCCUUCACCAAACGCACUGCCACCACCACCCGGUGCAUCACUGCUCAGUGGUGGCCUGGGUAUGGGCAGCAACUCCUGCAAUGUCUCACCCGCCACAACACCCACACAGGGUUCACCGAAUCUCUCGCUUGGUGGUGCACGCGCCGGUGCGCGCGCCAGCAUCAGUGUCGGCGCAGCAAAUUAUCGACGCAAAUCCAGUGCGCUACUACAUCCCGAUCAUGCGCGCUUGUUUGCGUUGCGCAUGAAACAUGCUGCCGCCUUGGAACGCGCACAAACAUCACCGGAUCAAACAUCCAUCGAAGAUGCAACCGAAUUCCAUGAUAAUGGUUUGGCAACGAAUUUGCGCUUGUGCUCUGCGUCUUCGUCGACGACGUCGUCGCUGACUUCCGUCGCAGCGGUUAGCUUAGGCGGUGGCAUGGGAGUGAUCGGUGCAGCCGGCUCCUCCUCGUCCUCCGCUGCGGCUGUGGCAGCAUGUCUAGCUGCCGGCGCUGGUGCGGGUUCACAGCAGCGCGUCUCCGACCCAUGGCUGCAGCCGCAAUCGGAUCGUGAACGUGAUUCGCGCUACGAACGACGUCGUUCCUCAACGAUGACGGCACGCUACUCACUGUUUGAUGCAUUGGAUUUGGAAUAUGUGCUGUUGCGUGCUGCAGCACGCGGUUCGGUCGGCCCAUACUCACUAAGCGAAUCUAUACACAAACUGACAUUUACACAAUCGUUGGCGUUUCCGGCACUGGCACGCGGCCUCGCCACAAAGCGUCGGCGUUCGCAUACGCGUACCAGUUCGCGACCGCUAAACCCCAAUGAGUCGGGUCUUAAUACGUGUGCGAAAGUCGUUACCGCCGUCAUAUUGGUGGGUAUUUCGUUUAUGGUGUUUCUGAUUGUGUAUAAAUUUGUGCGGACGUGAGGUUUACUCCUGGCCCCGACAGAUUUUCCCGUUACAUAUCAGCAAUCGAACGCGAAUGCAAAUGUAUACACGUUCGCAACGGGAAAUGUUAGUGCCAGCAAAACACUGUCGGGGUUCAGGAGAGUAUUGGGUCUGAAAGAUCGAGAUUAAAUGCACAACUGUAACGGAGAGGUAAAAGUCGAAUGUACUAUUUUAUACAUACUUAUUAAUAAAUUUUGUGAUAAAAAGUAUGUAAUAAAGUCUAAAGCCUGCGCAGAAUGGCUGCAAUACUUUGUAAUGCUGGAAUCACGCCAUUUUGUGUAACAAAUGGAGCUGACUGUAAAAAGUGUUUCAAUUAAAAAGUUUUGUAAUUCAAAAACUUACACAAAAUGCCUUUUUAAAAUAGUAUUUGCUACCUUUUAAUACUCAUACAUUUUCAAUACCUACUAUAUAUGCUUAUGUUUGUAUUUAAAAACUCAUGAAUUUGUCUAAAUAACUAUUUAAAAGUCAAAUAUUAGAUUAGAUUUCUUAAUUGCGCUGCUUAAUUAUAUAUUUGAAUUAUUAAUUUGUUAAGUUCUUUAUAAUUAUCUAUAUGGUUCACAAAUAUUAAUUAUCUAUUUUUCUUUUCACAAGUUUUAGAUCGUGGGUUCUGUAUAUUCGAAAAUAAUUUUGAAUGCGUUUCAAUUGUGGAAUCAAACCUUUUAGCCAGUACGAAAUUAGUAAUACAAAAAAGUUAAGGAAGGUGCUGAAAAAUGAAUUAAAUAUUCUAAAAGAUACUUGUAAGAUUGUGAUACCUGAACGCGAACAAUUUCAAAUUCCGUUUAGUAUAUCCGUUUAGUAUAUUAAUUAAAAUAUUACUGUUACGAAAAAUUCAUACCAUAUACAUAGGUGUUUCGUUAAACCCUGAAAGCUUGUUUUUGUACCAGGCUGAUAAUCGCGACAUUUGCCACAAAAAAAUCUCUCUUUCUGUUGCCAGAAACUCAAAAAAUUGGAUCCAAAGAUCGAUCAAAGAUCGGCAAACUCUAUUUGCUUAUCACAAGAUUGUUGAGGCGGCAAUAGCGCUUCCUAAUAGUUUGUUGAAUUCGCCAAAGGUGUGGCUACCAAGAAGUUUCAACCUCAAUACAAUUAAAGCUGGACAGUGAAGAAGAAUGCGGCUCCAAUUUGGAUCCACGCGCUAGGCAUCAAAGUAUAUGCCAGACAAAUAAGUACAGUGCACAGGUUGUCGGCACUAAGAGUUAUCAUUGCUUUCCGAACAAUAUCAAGUGAUGCUAUUGAAGUAAGAAAUAUGAUGCCCACUGACAUCCAGGGUGACGAAUGCAAAAGCAGUGGCAAACCUCACUCAAAUGACGGUGGACCUACGGACUGAUACCGGACAUUCAUUGGUGGAUCGACAGAUGACAUGACAUCGAGCACGACAUCACUCCGAAUUGUAAGUCGUGUUCACAGUGCUCUGAGCAUGUAUUUUUUUAUUGCCCGCUCUUUUUAAGAAAAAAACUUAAAACUACACUCGGUGUCAGUCCACUGAGAACUGGAGAGCAGUCAGCGAAGCGGUCCCCUCAAUCAUGAAGAAACUGAGACAUACAGAGCAGAGUAGGCGUCCGUCAGUCUAUGCCAUAGAGGAGACUUAAGUGUCUUAUCAUACUUAAUCAGAGGGUUCUGUGGGAGAGUUUGGAGUUAGGAGUAGGUUAGGUUGGUGGAGAAGAACUUUUAGUUUUCGUAAUUCGAGGAACUGGCUUAUGUACACUCCAUUCUGGGUCAGAAAUAUCGCACAGCCAGAUAUGUGCUGCCGCUAUAAUUUGUUUAAAUUUAUAUUUUAUUUAAUCUUAAUUUUUGUUAGCGAGUGUUUUCUCAUUUAAAUAUUAUUUGCUCUUUCCAACUUAUAUUUCUACUCUAAAAGUGCCUAUUUAUCUAACAAUCUUUACUCAAGCUUCGAAUUUAUUCAGAGGUAAUUAUAUAGAUACAAUACUUGUAUUUAUACUAUAAAUUUUCUACCAAACCAAAUUUAUAAAAUAAAUGGAUGAACUAAAUAAAUAUCAAUAGGGUGUGAGUUCUCAAGUAAAAAUUUUAAGAAUGAAACUUCUAGACCAACUCUCUGUAAUUAAUGAAAAGUUUUGAUAAAGCCAUAGUUUUUUAUAAAUCAGUAAUAACGUGGGAUUUAUACCAAAUUAUAAGCUUUGUCGUAAUUAUAUAUACCAUGUUCAAACUGGGUUGUUUGGAGAUUUUUUCUCAAUUAUCUGAAACAAUUAAGAUAUUAACUUUCUCAUUUUUUUGGUCUUCAAUUAGUGUUGGACAAUUCUGUGGACUUAAAUUUGGAUGGAUUUUAAAUUUUCAGAAAACUAAGUAACAACUUAUUUUUAUUUCUAAAUAUAUAUAUAUUUCUUAUUGAAAUCUUUAUAAAUACAAUUAAAUUUUUUCUGAUAUUUUUGUGGUAAUUCGUGGUCCAAUUAAAAACACUAUGCCUGAAAUAAUUUACAUUUUUAAAACUUUUGCUACUUUUCUAAGAAUAUAUUGUUAACUAAACACUAAUUGGGUAAUUAGUUAAUUGCUUAAUGCAUGCUUAAUUGAGAACAAUUAUGAGAUACAUUUUUGAAAUUAUCUUAAUUACCUAAUUAAACUGCUUCUGGUUGGACAUGGUACUAGUUUUACCCUCAGUUUUUCUAAAUACUACCCACUUAUGAAUAAUACAAUAGUUUCUUAAAUACUUAAGUCAAUAAUUGGGAAAUGUUUUCAAUUCAAUUAAAUUUAUAGUUGAAGAAAAAAUAAUUAUAGAAGAUGUAUAAUUAAAAAGCCAAACCAAUAAAACUUUCUAGUGUGACCAUUAUAAUAACACAAUCAUAAUAACUCAAGCAGAAAAUGCUGAAAUCGCUGUAAAACAACAAAAGCAUAACAAGUAAUAUUAAAUCGAACAAAAGCUGUGGAGAAGACAAGAAACUGUUUAAGUGAUAGGAGAUACGUAAAUAUACAUAUAAAGGGUGAUUUUUUAAGAGCUUGAUAACUUUAAAAAAAAAAAAACGCAUAAAAUUUGCAAAAUCUCAUCGGUUCUUUAUUUGAAACGUUAGAUUGGUUCAUGACAUUUACUUUUUGAAGAUAAUUUCAUUUAAAUGUUGACCGCGGCUGCGUCUUAGGUGGUCCAUUCGGAAAGUCCAAUUUUGGGCAACUUUUUCGAGCAUUUCGGCCGGAAUAGCCCGAAUUUCUUCGGAAAUGUUGUCUUCCAAAGCUGGAAUAGUUGCUGGCUUAUUUCUGUAGACUUUAGACUUGACGUAGCCCCACAAAAAAUAGUCUAAAGGCGUUAAAUCGCAUGAUCUUGGUGGCCAACUUACGGGUCCAUUUCUUGAGAUGAAUUGUUGUCCGAAGUUUUCCCUCAAAAUGGCCAUAGAAUCGCGAGCUGUGUGGCAUGUAGCGCCAUCUUGUUGAAACCACAUGUCAACCAAGUUCAGUUCUUCCAUUUUUGGCAACAAAAAGUUUGUUAGCAUCGAACGAUAGCGAUCGCCAUUCACCGUAACGUUGCGUCCAACAGCAUCUUUGAAAAAAUACGGUCCAAUGAUUCCACCAGCGUACAAACCACACCAAACAGUGCAUUUUUCGGGAUGCAUGGGCAGUUCUUGAACGGCUUCUGGUUGCUCUUCACCCCAAAUGCGGCAAUUUUGCUUAUUUACGUAGCCAUUCAACCAGAAAUGAGCCUCAUCGCUGAACAAAACACGCGCGCGAAACAUAUUUCGAACCGAACACUGAUUUUGGUAAUAAAAUUCAAUGAUUUGCAAGCGUUGCUCGUUAGUAAGUCUAUUCAUGAUGAAAUGUCAAAGCAUACUGAGCAUCUUUCUCUUUGACACCAUGUCUGAAAUCCCACGUGAUCUGUCAAAUACUAAUGCAUGAAAAUCCUAACCUCAAAAAAAUCACCCGUUAUAAUAUUCAAAUAGUCAACUAGGAAUGUAUGUGGUUAAGUGCAGGGUCGCAUUUUAUAGUCCUUAACAGUAUGUGUGAAAAGUAGCUAAUUGUCAAUCGAAUAAUAUGAUGAUAGAAUGCAUAAUUCAAUUAGAUAGUUCUAAAAACGCUGGCUGAAAUUCUAAAGUAUUCUUCUAAUUAAAUGCCUUUACUUGAUCACAAAACAGAAGCAAAAACAAAAAAACAUUUCGGCUUUGCUACAAACACAAACCUUCAUAUUAAAAACGGUACUACACAAAUUUAUAGCCACAAUUAAAACAUUUAAUUAAGUAAAAUAGAGGACAUACAAUUUUGUUAUGAGAAAUUAUAUGUAUGUACAUAUAUAUUGUGGAUUUUGUUGCAUCGAAAAACAUAUUUAUAACAAGCUGCUAAUUGCAAAUAAUUAUAGGGAUAUACUGCGUACAGCAUAGCGAACAAAUAUCAUUCUAAUUUGAAUCUAGUUCUAAUUUUAAUUUUAAUAUAAGAUUCCUUUCUUAAAUUACGAGAAUUAUUACCUUUUACUGCUUUUGUUAGUAGUCAAAUAUCUUCAGCAGUAAUGCGUCGAAUGUUAUCUGCAAAGGCGUCAAUCCUACAAAAAUACGUCCAGCGGUGUUAAAUUGUAUGACACGCCACAGACUCAUGAGGCAAGAUAAUGAGUAAGACUCCUUCAAUCAGUUGCCUGUUUCUUAUGGAUGUAUGACAUUUAGCGCCAAGAUCGUUCACAUCAGCAUCCUUCAAUUUCAGGUACGAAAGAGUCAAUGAUGAUGGCUCUUUAGUGUUCCACAUUAGCUAUAUCAUAUUUGAUGGCUUAAUUUUUGAAGAAAUAUGGAUCUAUGGUUUCCUCUACCCAUAAAGUACGCCAUGUGGCACUCCUAUUUCAACGAUUUUGUUUAUCAAUGUUCAUUAAAAUUUUUCUGCCAAAAACGGGAGGUACAGCCAUCUCGUUUUGAACCCAUUCAGCGAUCGUUCUGAUUUAUUUCUGAAUCUAAAUAAAUAGAUAUUUCUUCGUAAAAUCAACCAUAAUUGUCUCUAAGUGAUCAGUAUACAGUAAAUUACAUUUUUAAUUUUCGAAUAUUAAUAAAUAAAAUAGUUAAGUAACAUUAAGAAAUUAGGCAAGACAAUCAAUAUCCUCCUGAUACCAGAUGACGUCUUGAUUAAGUUUUGAGCCACCUAUCGAGUUGAUUAUUGAAGCCUAAUUUCUAAGUAUUUAAUUGUCUCUACACAAUAACAGUCGGUGUAUCGAUAGUCCGCAGAACAUGCAAAUAUACUAUGGGCAAAAAAUAGUAAGACAGUUCACAAUUUUAAAAUUCUUAAUUUAUUCUUCAAAAUCAUUCAUUCAAAAGCCAAUCACGUCUAAUGUCUUCAAUUGAGUUUGCUGAAUAGCCGAAAGUCACACGUAGCUAAAUCAGGUUAUAACGUUGGUUGCGUUGAAUCAAAGCAGGCUGCGACGGUGCAAAAACCAAGAAAUUCCGGUCCAUAUCCAUCCUCUUUUUUAUGAAUAGCAUGGCACAAACGACUUAUAACACCCAGUAGUAGUAUUCCUUGUUAAUCAAAGAAAACUUGAUUUUUGGCCUGCGCUAACGUGGUGUUUUCGACUUCGGAAUACAUUGUUGCACAGACGUUAUGAACGUUUCGGGUAUCAGAAAUUUGAUUCCGCACACAAAAUUUAAUGGAACUUCUUCAUUGAAUAAUUUCACUAAUGGUAAAAAUACAAUGCACUUUACGUAGUUCAGGAAAAUUUAGUUUUGAUGUCACAUUUGGCACAGAUGUCACCGAUAAUCAUACCAACCUAGAAAAAAAUAUUUCAACGAAUGGGGUUUCGCGCGAAAUUAAAUUUAAAAGGUCUUACUAUUUGUUGCUCACAGUGAUAUUUGAUUCGCACUGUACAGUAGAAAAUGUCGAUGUUUCUCAAGCUGUAGGACGAAAUAAUCAAUUUUCCUUUUAUAUUUAUUACAAUUAAUUAACCUGAUUUAUAGAGCCGAUUUCUACCCAGAAAGCUAAACUAGUAUGACCGAUCUAUUUUCUAUAUACAUAUGUAUUCUAAUCCUUCAUAUUUCUUUCAAAUCUUCAAUCACUACAUCGGAAUAACAGCUUCUUUUGAACAUUGUUCGCUUCAACUUUAGAAAAAGUUGUGUUAUGUUAAUUAUAAUAUACAUAUUAUAAAGGUAUUUGUAUGCUAACCUGAAAACUAUAUUUUAAUUAAACAUGUGCUGUUAAGAAAAAUAAGAUAAAUAAGAAAUCAUGAAAAUACUCUUUAAUAAAUAUUCAAAAACCAUAUAAAAUUAUAGUUGUAAUUUUAAAACUAGCUAACUUAGCCGUAACUUAAGUACAUAUGGAAUUAGCUACAAGAUUAAAUAUAAUGAAAAUAACUUAUGUAGGAAUCAAGUACUUAAGUAAUAAUUACAAUCAACAUUCAACAUUAUUAACAAAUGACCGAAAAAAUAUACUUAAUAAAAUAAACUACUAAAUAUCUUAUGUGCAUAAAAGGUAUAUAUGUAGAUAUUAGGUUAGAAUUUUUUGCAUACAGACCAAGCCAGAAAAAUUAAACUCUAUCUCUAGUUCAGAAAACAUUAUAGUCUUUACACAAUUUCCUUAAAGACCCUUGAUCUUAGUAUAAUGUGUAUUUAUUUUCAUAAAAUUGUAUAUGCUACCCAAAUCAACAUAGAAUACCUUAAUAUUUAUCCCAAAAACAUGAAACAUGUAAGAGAAGGCCCAACAAAAAUAAUAAAGAAAUAAACACUUGAUAUGAAAAUUGAAACCAAAAGAAGUUUUUUAAGUAACUAAGUUUUCUUAUUAUUGGUUUUUGGUUCUGAUUCAGAAAUCGUUUACCCGGUAUUUUAUAAGAAUCACUGUGAUUAAAGAACUUGGUUUUAUUUUGCCAUUUGAAAACCAUCCGAUCGGUCCAAAUCUGCAACACUUUUUCUAACAUCCAAAACUGUGGUGAAUGUUGGUUAGCAAAGAAUCGGUCGUAGAUGUGCUAAUAAGCCAUGACUUUUACUUACUUCCAAAAAACUAGUCUUACGAAGUUAAACCACCUACUUCUCAUUUUCAAAUCUUGAUACUACUCGGUUACAUAAGUUUGUCCCUAUUGGAAUCAAAUGAUGUUUUCAAAGUGACCUAAUGUGUCAGCAUGCAAUAAACAGUUAAUCCAGAAAAAUACAUUUGAAAUAAUGUAUGCGGAGUAUAAGUAUCAGUCUCACAAAACGUAAGGUUUACAAACGAAUUUCCAUUGAUUCGCCAAAAAAUACUGAACAAAAGUGUCAAAUAAAACAAACCUUUACAACUAGUUUGAUAUACAAUUUAGCAGCAAUUUAUGUGGUUCCAUUACUAAGUUUUGCUACGUGUCCAAGAUAUUUACAUUAAAAUCCACCUAAUUAGUUCAAAUGAGAUAUGUGUGAUAUUAUAUAUAGUAAACUCAAUUAAAUAGGGUAUUUUUAAUAUAUUGACGUGGUUGUAGUCCGAAUUCGCGAUUAAUUUUGACACUGUAUUAUAACGACGUUGGGUUAAUUUGAUGCACCAAAUUUAGUUGAAAUUGAUGUUGAUAAGGUGAGCAGCUCUAUGCCCAUUGGCCAAAUAUAAAACCAACUCUUAUAAGGCGUUUCUGUCGAAUGAUAAUAAUAAUAAUAUACAAACGCACCAAUCGAAUUCAGAAAAGAACUUAAGCUUGACAUAAUAAUCGCAUUAAUUAAUACAAUAUUAAUAAUCCACAUAUAAUAAUCCCAAAUAUACUUUCAUCACGGAGUACUGCCUUUUCUGCUGAUGUCAUUAUAGGUAUUUAAAAAUAUUCGAAAUGUGAUAUGCCGUCAAAGGUAAACGCUUGUUAAGGUCUGCAUCUGUAAGCACAUGCCUACAUUCAUGUUAAAUAUAUUUUACACAGAAACUGUAAAUUUAGAUGAACUUGCUAUUGAGGUCAGAAGGGAGACCAGCAACAUGACUCCUUGACUGCUAUGCAUCAGUCAGACAGAGUUAACGUCAAUGCCACAAAUUGUUGGAUAAGCAAUUGGAACCGAGGUGCUGCCAGCCCGCUUCGGUAGGCACGACAUCCGCACUGCAUCACGAGGACAGCACUGUCAGCAGCAAUGAGCGGUGCAUUUGCAACGUGCAACAUCAAUGGUGUGCGGCAAUAAACAAAAGAAUGAUGAAUCUACCGCAAUACCCGCAACAGAAUUGUGGGAUACAAUAUCCGCCGCUGACAUCCUUGAAACUAAAAAUAAAACUCACAAGUGCACGGGUACAGGUGCUGCCGAUGCGAUGGCCGUAGUCGUAUUUCCACACACACCCACAUGUAUAUACAUAUACAUAUGUACACAGGAGCCCUUCCGUCGCAUAUAUAUGAUGACGCGCUGAAUGGAAAGAAAAUAUUUUUAAUAGCAUAUUUUUUAUUUCCAAAGGAACCCUUGGCAUGUGUGUAGUUC